GACCGUAUUGGGCGCCCCUCAGAGACUGGCAUCAUUGGCAUCAUCGACCCCGAGUGCCGCAUGAUCGGCCUGCGCCUCUACGACGGGCUCUUCAAGGUCAUCCCCCUGGACAGGGACAACAAGGAGUUAAAGGCCUUCAACAUCCGCCUGGAGGAGCUGCAGGUCAUCGAUGUGAAGUUCCUCUAUGGUUGUCAAGCUCCCACCAUCUGCUUUGUCUACCAGGACCCCCAGGGCCGCCACGUGAAGACCUACGAGGUGUCCCUGCGUGAGAAGGAGUUCAACAAAGGCCCUUGGAAACAGGAGAACGUGGAGGCCGAAGCCUCCAUGGUCAUUGCAGUGCCGGAGCCUUUCGGAGGCGCCAUCAUCAUCGGGCAGGAAUCCAUCACCUACCACAAUGGUGACAAAUACCUCGCCAUAGCUCCACCUAUCAUCAAGCAAAGCACAAUCGUGUGCCACAACCGGGUGGAUCCCAACGGGUCCCGUUACCUGCUGGGGGACAUGGAGGGAAGGCUCUUCAUGCUGCUCCUGGAGAAGGAGGAACAGAUGGAUGGCACUGUCACCUUGAAGGACCUGAGGGUGGAGCUGCUGGGGGAGACAUCCAUUGCAGAGUGCUUGACCUACCUGGACAAUGGAGUUGUGUUUGUGGGCUCUCGACUUGGGGAUUCCCAGCUCGUCAAGCUCAACGUGGACAGCAACGAGCAGGGCUCCUAUGUGGUGGCUAUGGAGACCUUCACCAACCUGGGGCCCAUUGUGGACAUGUGUGUGGUGGACCUGGAAAGACAAGGCCAAGGACAGCUGGUCACCUGCUCAGGUGCCUUCAAAGAGGGUUCCCUACGGAUCAUCAGGAAUGGAAUUGGGAUCCACGAGCACGCCAGCAUCGACCUGCCAGGGAUUAAAGGCUUGUGGCCCUUGAGGUCGGACUCUCAUCGGGAAACAGACAACAUGUUGGUGCUGUCCUUUGUUGGCCAGACCAGGGUUCUCAUGUUAAAUGGAGAGGAAGUGGAAGAGACAGAGCUCACGGGCUUCGUGGAUGAUCAGCAGACUUUCUUCUGUGGCAACGUGGCACAUCAGCAGCUGAUCCAGAUCACCUCAGCUUCUGUGAGACUGGUCAGUCAGGAGCCCAAAGCCUUGGUGAGCGAGUGGAAAGAGCCCAAUGGCAAGAACAUCAGCGUGGCUUCCUGCAACAGCAACCAGAUCGUGGUGGCCGUGGGACGAGCCCUCUACUACCUGGAGAUCCGACCCCAGGAGCUCAGGCAGAUCAGCUGUACAGAAAUGGAGCACGAGGUGGCCUGCUUGGACAUCACCCCCCUGGGGGACACCAGCGGCAUGUCCCCGCUCUGCGCCAUCGGGCUCUGGACGGACAUCUCCGCCCGCAUCCUCAAGCUGCCCUCCUUUGAGCUGCUCCACAAGGAGAUGCUGGGAGGAGAAAUUAUCCCUCGUUCCAUCCUGAUGACCACCUUCGAGAGCAGCCAUUACCUGCUGUGUGCCCUAGGGGAUGGAGCUCUCUUCUACUUUGGGCUCAGCCUGGAGACAGGGCUGCUGAGCGACAGGAAGAAGGUGACCCUGGGGACCCAGCCCACGGUGCUGAGGACCUUCCGUUCCCUCUCCACCACCAACGUCUUCGCUUGCUCCGACCGCCCCACCGUCAUCUACAGCAGCAACCACAAGCUGGUCUUCUCCAACGUCAACCUCAAGGAGGUGAACUACAUGUGUCCCCUCAACUCGGAUGGGUACCCCGACAGCUUGGCCUUGGCCAACAACAGCACCCUGACCAUUGGCACCAUUGAUGAGAUCCAGAAGCUGCACAUCCGAACAGUUCCCCUCUACGAGUCCCCCAGGAAGAUCUGCUACCAGGAGGUGUCUCAGUGUUUCGGCGUCCUCACCAGUCGCAUCGAGGUGCAGGAUGCCAGUGGGGGCACCACUGCCCUCAGACCCAGUGCCAGCACCCAGGCCCUGUCCAGCAGUGUGAGCACCAGCAAGCUGUUCUCCAGCAGCACAGCACCCCACGAGACCUCCUUUGGAGAGGAGGUGGAGGUGCACAACCUGCUCAUCAUAGACCAGCACACCUUUGAAGUGCUUCAUGCUCACCAGUUUCUGCAGAAUGAAUAUGCCCUCAGCCUGGUGUCCUGCAGGCUCAGCAGGGAUCCCAACACCUACUUCAUCGUGGGCACUGCCAUGGUGUACCCUGAGGAGGCAGAGCCCAAGCAGGGCCGCAUCGUCGUCUUCUACUAUGCUGAUGGGAAGCUGCAGACUGUGGCUGAGAAGGAGGUGAAGGGAGCCGUGUAUUCCAUGGUGGAGUUCAACGGGAAGCUCUUAGCCAGCAUCAACAGCACGGUGCGUCUCUACGAGUGGACGCUGGAGAAGGAGCUGCGCACGGAGUGCAACCACUACAACAACAUCAUGGCCCUCUACCUGAAGACCAAGGGGGACUUCAUCCUCGUGGGAGACCUCAUGAGAUCUGUCCUCCUCCUUGCCUACAAGCCCAUGGAAGGAAAUUUUGAGGAG